CGCCUCCAGCACACGGCGAGGGGAGGGCGGGCGCCUCUCGCAGCGGGUUGUUGUUGACAGCGUCACAGAGUGUGGCAGGUGUACAAACACUGACCCAGCGCCGUCCGCCUCAGCGGAUGCGGCGGAGGAAGAGGAGGCGCGGUAGCGGUGGAAAUGGAGACUGGAAAAACACUCGGUGAGGGGGUGCGGCGCACAGCAGGAGAGUCUUUUGCUGUUUCUGCCGCCCCCCGGUACGAGCAUAAUGCGUCCUUUGGGAUUGCUUCGCACAGAGCUGCUGCCUCUGUGUAUUCAUGAGGCAUCUCCGAUGGCACACAGGCAGAAGAUGGGAACAUCGAGUACAAGCUGAAGCUGGUGAACCCCUCGCAGUACCGCUUUGAGCACCUGGUGACACAGAUGAAGUGGCGACUGCAGGAGGGCCGCGGUGAAGCCGUCUAUCAGAUCGGCGUGGAGGACAACGGGCUGCUGGUGGGCCUCUCAGAGGAGGAGAUGCGUGCCUCACUCAAGACCCUGCGCCGCAUGGCAGAGAAGGUUGGGGCUGACAUUACAGUGCUGCGGGAAAGGGAGGUCGAUUACGACAGUGACGUUCCAAGGAAGAUAACAGAGGUGCUUGUCCGAAAGGUGCCUGACAACCAGCAGUUCUUAGACCUUCGAGUAGCUGUGCUGGGGAACGUGGACUCAGGGAAGUCAACACUGUUGGGUGUACUAACGCAAGGAGAGCUGGACAACGGGCGGGGCAGGGCACGCCUCAACCUUUUCCGGCACCUCCAUGAAAUCCAGUCAGGAAGAACGUCAAGCAUCAGCUUUGAGAUCCUCGGCUUCAACAGCAAAGGAGAGGUGGUAAAUUACAGUGACUCCAGGACAGCAGAAGAGAUCUGUGAAAGUUCUUCCAAAAUGAUCACUUUCAUUGACCUGGCUGGCCACCACAAGUAUCUGAAAACAACCAUCUUUGGCCUCACCAGCUACUGCCCAGACUUUGCCAUGCUGGUGGUUAGCGCCAACACUGGCAUUGCGGGCACAACGCGAGAGCACUUGGGGUUGGCCAUGGCCCUCAAGGUCCCCUUCUUCAUUGUCAUCAGCAAAGUUGACUUGUGUUCAAAAGCCACUGUGGAACGGACAGUGAAGCAGCUGGAGCGAAUCCUGAAGCAGCCAGGCUGCAACAAGCUCCCCCUGCUUGUGAACUCAGAUGACGACGCUGUUACAGCAGCACAACAGUUUGCACAAUCUCCCAACAUCACCCCAAUCUUCACGCUGUCCAGUGUUUCUGGGGAGAACCUGGAUCUCUUAAAAGUCUUCCUCAACAUCCUCCCUCCUCUGACCAACAGUAAAGAGCAGGAAGAAUUAAUGCAGCAGCUUACAGAAUUUCAGGUUGAUGAAAUUUAUACUGUGCCAGAGGUGGGGACUGUUGUGGGAGGAACUUUGUCGAGUGGGAUCUGCCGAGAAGGGGAGAACUUGGUGGUUGGUCCCACCGACGAUGGGAAGUUCCUCCGGCUGAAGGUGUGCAGUAUCCAACGGAACCGCUCUGCCUGUCGUGUACUGCGGGCUGGGCAGGCAGCCACUCUGGCCCUCGGACCCUUUGACCGCUCCCUGCUGCGCAAGGGUAUGGUAAUGGUGAGCCCAGAAAUGAACCCCACCAUCUGCUCAGUGUUUGAAGCCGAGAUCGUGUUGUUGUUCCAUGCCACAACUUUCCGGAAGGGGUUUCAGGUGACGGUGCAUGUGGGGAAUGUGCGACAGACAGCUAUCGUAGAGAAGAUCCACGGAAAGGACAAGCUGCGGACAGGAGAGAAGGCAGUGGUCUGUUUCAGGUUCAUCAAGCAUCCUGAAUACUUGAAGAUCGGAGCCAAACUGCUUUUCCGUGAAGGAGUCACCAAAGGUAUUGGGCAUGUCACUGACCUCCAAGCCAUCACUACCAAAGAAAAUGGCCUGGAGGAGUCCCUGGGGCCUGGACAGCUGAGCUUCUGACUACCAGUAGGUCAGAGAAAUCUCCACUCACCAGCACCUGGGGAGAAAGAUGGGAGCUCCUGUGGCUUUCUGAGCGAUGCCUGGAGCUGCUGCUGUCCCAUUCUAGAGUGGAUGUCCCUCCUCUGCACUCUGAGAUGGAGCCUGGGAGAGUCUCUCACAUUCAAUACCGUACAUGGGGCAAGUUAAGCAUGUUCUCCAGAUCGCCUGCAGCUCUCAUUAACCUGCUCUUCUUCAGAAUAGAUCAGAGGCACCUGCAGACCUGGGCAGGCAAGUUCUGGCUUUGUUUACUGUUUGAAAAUUGCUGGUUGGGAGGAGCAGAGCCCUUGAAGAUGAGCAGUGAAGGGACAUUUUCCCAUCUCUGACACAAGAUUUGGUCCCAUUUCUGCUCUCUGAGCACUGGGUUGAUAACAGUCCUCUCCCAAGUCAUCCUGCAGCACAUCCUUCUGGGCAGAGGAUGGAAGAGGCCAUGCUGCCUACUGCAGGGGCUUGGCUGAGCCUCUCAGAAUGCAUUCAGGACACUUUUUAACCGUUUGAAUCUUGGUUGGCUUUAAUCUGCUGUGUGUCCAUUUGUGUGUUGGUUUUGCGUUAUUCCAAUCUGAGUGUCUUACUGUUGGACAGAUGUCAUGUUCCUCACUCACGCGUACACAUUUCUUCAGCAUCCUGCUUUCUGACUCCCAGGAAGCUGUGGCUGCUCUGAGUGGCACAGCAUCCUGAAAUAAUGUCAUGAAGACAGUCUGUACUUGCAUCUGUUCCUUGCAGCAGCUGAACGGGAGGCCAUUCUGUGGAGCAGAGCAGGGCCUGGGCCUGUGCUGGUGUGAGCAGGUUGUUCCAUGGAUGUUCAGCUGACGGUGUCAUCUGCACGUUGGUAGCAGUGGUUUGCAGUGGGCUCCCUGGUGUGGCUUUUCCCAGCCCAGCUUGCUCCUCACACGCUUGCCUUAAUGUGUGAGGACAGGCUACACAAAACCAGGUGACUUAUGUUGUUUAGAUGUGAUUUGACAGUGGCAUGAUUAUAUUUCUGUUUCUCCUGGAGGAAGAAUUCCUUUCUUUCCCUUGCCACUGGGGUUUGUUGUCAGAGGAAAGCUGAUGUUGCCAGCAAGGACUCUGUACAUAGAGUGGAGCACAUUUGUCUCCCACUCCCUGUUAUGCAGCUCUCCUGUGUAGCCUGAUGCAACAAGAUCUGUAAAGUUGUACAUAGGCUUUUGGUUUUAUUGUUGACUGUUAGACCAAAUGUGUCUGCUGUGAGCAACAGGUCUUCAGCCAGCCCUGCCGCAUGGCGUGGUGGCCUGCUAGCCCUGACCAAAGAGAAGGGCAAGGGCCUGUGAUAGCACUUGGACACCCAAAGAGCCCUUCUGCCAUCCUGAGAGCAAGUUCUGCUUCUGGGCUGCUGGCACAGGCACUGGCUGUGGGGCUGUGCAGAUUUGUGGGCAUCGCAGAGCCGCACUUUGCAGUGGGAAGGGCUCUGGCAGGCGAGGAGGGGGCGUCUGCACCCUGCGAAGAGACUGCUGAGGCAUGGGGAAGCCGGUCAAAUGGUGGUAUAAAUGAAGGGAAGGCAGCUCAGGAGUGACCUGUCCCUGGAGGAAGCACUGAUCCAGCAGAAACCUCUGCUGCAUCCCCAUCAGCCCAGCAGUGAGAAAGGAGCUGCUGGCUCAGGGUCACUGCCCAAGAAGGAUCCCUUUUUUCCCAUCCUGACAGUGGGCUGGGUAUUCCAGUGACACAGUCUUUUCACCAAUGCCUGCGGGCCCCAGCUGCCAGCAGUCUUCCCUUUGGUGCUAGUGGGUCACAAAGAAAGCUACCAGGGAGUAUGGGGGGAGAGCUCCAGCUCUUUGCAGCAGCCCUGGUGUUUUCUGCUCCAAAGUGGGCAUGGGGUGCUGUGACCUUUUCUGAAACAGCCAAUGGCUGGUCUCACCUCAUCCCUGCCAUCUGUGGCAUGACUGUUCUUGGUGCCAUGCUCUUCAUAAUUGCUGUUUUGUUGUCUUGAAUUUUUCUAAUGCUGGGGGUUGUCCCUGUUCCCCAAGCAUCUAUAUAUAAAUGUACAGAAUAAAGAUGUUUUAUUGA